AUGGCGGCCAAAGCAAACCCACUAAGAAUGACAAUACAAACCAUUCGCAUCGCUGGACAUCGAGGUCACAGCGCCGCCGCUCCAGAGAAUACAUUGGCUGCUUUCAGAAAGGCUCGCGAGAUAGGUGGCAAAGGCGUCACUUGCGAAACAGAUCUUGCUGUCACCAAAGAUGGUGAGCUCAUCUUGCUUCACGACGAUACUGUCGAUCGGACGACCGACGGCCACGGUCUGGCUAGUAAUAUGACCUAUCUGGAGAUCUCAAGGCUUGAUGCAGGUCGAUGGUUUGGCGAAGAAUUUACGGGUGAAAGGAUUCCAAGUCUGAGAGAUGCCUUGCAUCUUGCCCGCGAACUUGAAAUCAUCUUCCAACUUGAGCUCAAGGUGUACGACCAUAAUGAUAUUAUGUUCCCCAGAUUAAGGGCGCUUAUCGACGAAUUGAAAUGCGCCGACCUCCUUCAGUUCUCUUCCUUCGACUUUGUCCAACUUAGAGCAGUCAAAAAUAUUAUUUCAGAGGUACCUACAGUUGGGCUAUCACAUUCACGAUUGAUAGAACCUGCUGCUCUUGCUCGAGAAGCCAAUCUGGACGCGAUGAAUAUUGAGAUUCAGCAUUUUCCGAGUGGCGAAGCUCAUCAACUGCAUAAAGAGGGAUUUGCGGUCUUUCUAUUUAUUCCACGUCCGGAGGUACUUGAGCUUCUGAAGGAAUAUGGCAGAGACAUGGAGGCCGAAAUCAUCGAGUGGAUUCUUCAAGGGCAAUUAGAUCAAAUUGUAUGUGAUGACGUCUCGCAAAUGGUUAGGAUCAGGGACAAAGCUCAUAAGCUACUAACGAGUUGA